AUGACCCAAUACGAUUCGGUCGGAUCUUUGUACCUCAAUGUGUGCGAGCUCCUUUUUAAGCAAACAGAGCUUGCCAUUGUGGAAAGAGUCAUACGGCCAUUGCUUAGACCGGAUGACAAGAUCGUCGAGUUUGCUUGCGGCACCGGAUUCUACACCAAAAGGUUGCUAUCGUGGACCGCCUCCCCGCUGACAGCCAUGGACAUCUCGCCCGUCAUGCUGGGAAUUGCGUCCCAGAGCCUUUCGCGUGAAGUUGCCAGCGGCCGCGUCCGCUUCACGCUCGGGGACGGCGCCAGCAAGACGUCGUAUGCGCCCGACCAGUCGAUUGGCUUCUUCGACCGCGCCUUUGCCAGCUGGUUUCUCAACUACGCGCGGAGCAGGUCUGAGCUGGUGGCCAUGUUUGCCACCGUGGCGCUAAAUCUCGCCGACGACGGUGUCCUCGCCGCAGUGAUGCCCCAUCCCACCGAAGACCUGGCUGCGCGGAAGUCGGCAUACAGUCAGUGUCCGCUCGAUCGAACAUGGCCGCGUCUGGACUACGUUCAGGAGUUGGGCGACGGAUCGGGCUGGACCUCGCGUGUACACCUGGAGAAUAUGAGCCUCGAGACGACGCACAUGAAGAAAUCCGUGUACGAGGCUGCCGCUAGAGAAGGGGGAUUCAGAGGAAAGCUGGAAUGGAGAGGCGAGGGCCUUGAAGAGACGGGAUUCGGGGAGAAAUGGAUCCAACAGUUCAACCUGACGGCGGAGGAAUACAGAAUUCAAAAGGAGAAUCCGAUGCUGGGACUGUUGAUGGUGUGGAAAAGUUGA